UGAGAACUGGCGGAAACAACGGUUGACUACAAGGCGCGACGCAUCGUGGCAAAAACGUCGGCCAAGACCAGGGGCGACCGAAUCCGCGAGACCCGAAGACGGACCUGGUAGGGGAUAACGUAGCGUUUAAGGGAGGAAGCGAUUCUUGGUCCUUCAGGGGCGCCCGUGAGCAGAUCGUUACCGAGGGCAGACUCGCGGCAGAAGAUGGGCGGCGAGGAUGGAUUGGGUGUAACCACCGGCCAGCCGAAUCUCUACAAGCAGGACUUGUCGAAGCUCGAUGUCAGUAAAUUAACUGCGUUGUCACGCGAAGUAAUCAGUAGACAGGCUACAAUCAAUAUUGGCACUAUCGGGCAUGUAGCACACGGAAAAUCGACAAUUGUGAAAGCUAUUUCAGGAGUGCAGACUGUUCGUUUUAAAAAUGAACUGGAAAGAAAUAUCACUAUUAAACUCGGAUAUGCCAACGCGAAGAUUUACGAGUGCGAAAAUCCGAAAUGUCCCCGACCUGGACGCUAUAUAUCUGGUGGAUCCAGCAAGGACGACUCUUUCCCCUGCCUGCGUCCAGUUUGUUUGGGAAGAUUCCAGUUGGUCCGGCACGUCUCCUUUGUAGAUUGUCCCGGACACGAUAUUCUUAUGGCAACUAUGCUUAACGGAGCAGCAGUUAUGGACGCUGCCUUGCUUUUAAUUGCUGGCAACGAAUCGUGCCCGCAGCCUCAAACGUCGGAGCACUUGGCGGCCAUCGAAAUCAUGAAGCUCAAGCACAUAGUUAUCCUGCAAAACAAGAUCGACUUGGUCAAAGAAGCGCAAGCGAAGGAGCAGUACGAGCAAAUCUUGAAAUUUAUUCAAGGAACGGUGGCGGAAGGCGCUCCGAUAAUUCCGAUUUCGGCCCAACUGAAAUACAAUAUCGAGGUACUGUGCGAAUACAUUACCAAGAAGAUCCCGGUGCCAAUGAGAGACUUCACGUCGGAGCCUCGAUUGAUCGUCAUCCGGUCUUUCGAUGUGAACAAACCGGGCUGCGAGGUGGACGACUUGAAGGGCGGUGUCGCUGGUGGUAGCAUCCUCAGAGGAGUGUUAAAAGUCGGCAUGGAAAUUGAAGUACGUCCCGGAUUAGUGUCUAAGGAUGGCGAGGGCAAGCUGACCUGUCGUCCGAUAUUCUCGCGUAUUGUGUCUCUAUUUGCCGAGCAGAACGAACUGCAAUUUGCUGUACCUGGUGGUCUAAUUGGUGUCGGAACCAAAAUCGAACCUACUCUGUGCCGCGCUGAUCGUCUAGUCGGGCAAAUUCUUGGAAGUGUCGGCGCAUUACCACAGAUAUUCAUCGAGCUGGAAAUCUCGUAUUAUUUAUUGAAACGUUUGUUAGGUGUGAGAACUGAAGGCGAUAAAAAGGGCGCGAGAGUACCGAAACUAUCAAGGGGAGAGGUACUGCUGGUCAACAUCGGAUCGUUGAGCACUGGUGGCAGAGUACUGGCUACUCGCGCCGACUUGGCGAAGAUCAGCUUGACGAAUCCAGUGUGCACGGAGGUCGACGAGAAGAUCGCUUUAUCCAGACGAGUGGAGAAGCACUGGCGCUUGAUCGGAUGGGGACAAAUUUGCGGGGGACAAACAAUAGACCCUAUUCUGGAUCGGAAAUAAUGGCGAAACUUUGGGAUCUCGCUUCCCUCAGUACCAUUAUUUCCACAAUUUGUUCACAUAGCCGUUGGCGUCGUGUACGAAAUAUUUGUAAUAAAAAUUUUAAGCUAA